AGGAUGAUGAGUACUAUUAUUUCACCUCCGUCACUACCGCCCACUCCCCGUGUCUCCCGGGUACUUGACACUCCGUAAGCCGCCCCCCUCAUCCCGCCCCACCGGGACUACUGAAAAUUAGGACCGAGCGUCCACCCCCCCACCAGCAGCAGCAGCAGCAGUGUGGAACCUACAGCGCUUGCGAGCACAGCCAUGCCGAGGUGUGACGCUCAUUUGGCGGACCGCCGCCUCCUCUCCCGCGGGUCACGGAGGAGGACUCCCCGAGCAGAUCCACAGGUCCUCGCCGGCUUCUGUCACUAAAGGUAGGCAGAAGGCGAAUCAGCUGCAGCGGCGUGAGGACGAUUAUGAUGGUGAUGGUGAUGGUUGUCGCGGGAGAGCAGAGGGGCUCCUGGUGGCGCUCAUGACCGGGGUGAAGAGAGGGGAUCGCCGGACCGAGUUGGAGUUGGCGUGGGGGGGAGAAGACAAUUAAAGAAGGCUCUGCAGCCAUUUGCGUCAAAGAAUGCUUUGCAGCACAGAGGAUGUCUUCCAGAGGGUGACAGCGACAGGCUUCCGGAGAGAAGGCGGGCAUUUAAAGUGACAUCGUCCACUUGUGUCAUGACGUCCCACCUUCUCCCACCCUUCCAUCUCUGACUGUCUGCUAAUGGUUUGAUGGAGAUCUGGUCGAAUGUCAGCGGGAACAAUCGUGAUAGCAGGAGGAAUUCUUGCCGGAGUGAUACUGCUGUGCAUCGUAGCAGUCCUCUGUUACUGUCGACUCCAGUAUUACUGCUGUAAGAAGAAUGACUCCGAGGCGGACGCGGGCUCGCCGCCUCAGGCCGACCCGCUCGCUCACUUCCCGUGCAACACGUGCAACGCGCUGGCCAACGACGGCGCCGCCAUCACGCCCGUCUCCCUGGACCAGCUGGACUGCGCCGCUGCGUCCGCCUCCCACCGGGGCAACGCCUGCCGUGCGUGCUCGCCAUACACGCGCCGCGCCGCACUCGCCGCCCCGGAAAUGCUCAACGGGGGCGAGCGUCUGGGCUUCCAUACUUACUACGAGAACCCGGCGGCGUCUUUGCCGCAGUGCUCCACCCCCUCUUUGAGCUACUACGGCCCCGCUGACCUGUUCCCGCCGCCGCGCUCCUACAGCACCCAGGUGUGACCUUUGACCUGGAGGAGGUUGACACAGGCGACCAAUAUAAGGACGUGUAUAGCAUGGGGCGCCUCCUGGUGGCACUUCCAAGCGUUCUUUUAAUGCCGGCAAAGUUUACUCCUUCCGGCAAAUAAUUCUUCUUAAAUAUUGUCUUCCUUCAGGACUUUUCCUGUUUGUGUCCCAUGUUCCCAUGUUUGCACCCUUCUAGGGACAACACGACUCAAAACAAGCAAACAAAUUCCCCAAGAUGCCACACGUGUGUAAUUUUCAAAAUGACAAAGUGUUUGUUAGUUGGACUCGUACACUCACCAAGAGGUAGUGGAAACUUAUCCUAGUCAAUCAGUAAAGAGGAUUCAUUAAAAAAAAA